AUGCUGCAGGUGAAGAAAUGGAUAUAUGGAAGGAAAAUUGGAAAAUUGGUGGUAGUUAUAAUUUCCAAAUCAACAGCAGAAGUAGUAGAAAGAUGGGAGUUCAAUAUUGAAAUAUUACAGGAUAAUGAGAACAAUAAUGAAAGUGAUAAACAAGAGGUCGAAAAACCGAGAGAGGAGAGUCAUAGGGAAAUACAAAUGAUCAUUAGACAGAUCACGUCGCUGGUAUCAUAUUUGCCUCUUUUAGAGGUUGACGAAUAUACGUUUAACGUCCUAGUACAUACAGAUCCUAAUUAUGAUACUGCUCAUAUACCACAUGAAUGGUGUGAUAUAGAUGGAAACGCAAAGUUAAUUGAAGGGAAUUCAAUUGAGCAGGUUAAAUUUAAAUCAUUUAGUACCAACAUCCACGAAAUAGGUACGACUGUGAGUUAUAAAUUAGAUGAAACUUAA